CGGAGUUAAAGAGUCGUGGACGAACGUGUUUGUUCCUGAGGAGGAGCCUGUGUCUAGAGGAAAAGAGAAGACUGUUAUACGUACCGUCAGGCCUGUCGCAAAUCGAAGAGGAAAUGCUGAAGGUUUCUCUGUCGAAGUGAGAAUUAGAUCAUUCAAUAUGAGGAAACAGAAGACCAAAACUGGCCCACAUGCUGCAGAAGAGGAUACUGUCAUUUCUAAGUCCAAGGAAGAGAACAGUGAGACCACCAAUGAAGGAGUGCAGGAUGGAGAUGAGAAGGUGCAUGCCAGACUGCUCAGUGACGUGAGCAAGAUCAGCAAAAGAAAAUUGAGUGCUGGAAAUAAGAAGCCACAAGCUAAACUGCUCAGUGAUGUGAGCAAGGUCAGCAAGAAACUUCGUGCUGCAGAAGAGGAUGACAUCUUCAUCUCCAGGCCCAGGGGAGAGGACGGGGAGACCAGUGAUGAAGAGGGGGAUGAUGGAGAUGAGAAGGCACAUGUCAGACUGCUCAAUGACAUGAGUAAGAUCAGUAAGAAAAAGAAACAAGCGGCCAAACGAGAAGUUCGCACAACAGUUGGGACAGUAACAGAGGGAAUUAAGGCUGAGGAUCUCAUGAACCGCAUUGGAUCCUCACUUCUUAACCAGACAAACAAAAAAAUUAAAACUACACAAAAACCCCUAGAGAAACAUGUUGCUCAGAGGGUUAAGCGAGCUGCAGGCUAUGAGGAUGUUGCAAUGGAAGUGAGCAAGUGGGCUAAGGUUGUAGAAUUGCGCCGUGAAGCCGACACACUGAGUUUCCCCCUCAAGAAGAAAAACACAGAGUUUAGCACAGUGGACAAGGUCGAGCCACCAAAGUUGAAGACAGACUUGGAGCAUGAGGUUUAUUCCCUCCUUGAGGGAGCCAAGUUGGUUAAGAAGCAGGAAACCGCAAGGGAGAAAGCCAUUAGACAUGCCAUGUCCCUUGAGGAGGUGAAGGAGAGAAUGCGAACCCUGUGGCGUGAAAAGGAAAUGAAACACCGCUACGAGGAAAAGGCUCGUAGACAGAACCAGAGCAAGAGCAAGAAACACCACCGAAUCCUCCGUCGUGAGAAGUUGAGGAAGCAGAAGACUGAGCUACAGGAGCUGCACAAGAAGAACCCUGACGCUGCUCUGGAGAAAUUGCAGGAGAUGGAGUUGCUGCGCAUCCAGGAGAGAAUGAGUCAACGCCAUAGGUCCUCCAAGUGGGCCAAGUUCCAAGGGCUACGAGCAACCAGAGACAAGGAGGCCAUGGCAGCACUACAGGAGAAUGCCAGGAUGCACCGAGAAUUGAAGAUGAAAAUAAACAAAGAGGAAGCCAGUGACAGUGAAGAUAAUAGUGGAUCUGAGCAGCAAAAGGAGGAGGCCAUUGCUGCAGGAACAUAUGACCCAAUGAAUCCUUGGACAGCCAGCCUGGCCAAGAGGCCACAGGGCGGCAGAGUGUGAGAAAAGUGAAGUGGAUAAAGAUGAAACAGAUAAGAAUUCAGAGAAUGGGGAAGAUACUGAUCAGCUAAAAAGUAUUGACUACAUGUUUAGUAAAGCUGAAGUCAGCUUGAAAAAGAAAAUGAAAAAAAAGUUAAAGAAGCUAGGAAUUGAAAGUACAGAAGGUAAAGAAUGGACAAAAGUCAAGAAAAAGAAAGGUGCAAAGGUCAAAAACAAAAAGGCAGCUGUUGUAGAGGAAUUUGACUUCUCUUGUAAAAGGACUGAAAACAAGACUGAUGAGAAACUGGAGCGAGUCAGGACCCUGGAGGAGGUAGAAGAGCUUGGGCAACAGGAGGAGGUCACAGACAGCAUUGAGCAGGCCUUUCAAACCCUGAGGAAUGAGGAGGCCAGUGGAAAGACCAAGGGUGUAAAGAAAGGUAAAGAGUCUUCAGGGCACAAGACAGAGGAAACUAAGAAGAAGGUUGAAGUCGACCCUACAAAAUUUAUUCAGGUGAACACUGAGAGACUGCACACAGCAAUGCCAGACACCAUGACCACAGACAAUGAUGCCCUUGAUGAUAGUGAAGAGGAGGAGAAUGCAGAGGAUGUCAUUCGUGAAGCUUUCGCCGAUGACUACCUCAUUGACGAAUUCAAAUCAGCAAAGGAGGCGGCCAUGGAGGAAUCAGAGCCGAAGGAGGUGAGCCUUGUCUUGCCUGGCUGGGGCGAGUGGACAGGCCCCAACUUCAAGGUGUCAUCUAAAAAGCGGAAAAUGUUCAGGAUAGAAGCUGGUAAAAAGGUCCGCAAAUUUGAAUCUGUUGGCAAUGUUAUAUACAAUGAGUCAGCAGAUGUUCACCAGAAUUUACGAAAGGCAAUGGUAUCACAACUUCCAUAUCAGUUUACAUCAGUUAAAGAUUUUGAAGCUUCAGUUAGAGCUCCCAUUGGCAGAACAUUUGUCCCAGAGGCAGUGCACAAAAAGCUGACAACGCCUGCUGUCACAACAAAGAAGGGAACUGUAAUUGAACCUAUGACAGAAAAUGAGCUCCUUGCUUUGAAAAAGGAAAUCAGCGUCAAAAAGUAAGCCUGUGACUAAUGCUAAGCUUUGUUGCAAGAAAAGAGCAGUAGAAAAAUGAAGAAACAGAUGGUAAAGAAAAGUGUGUGAGAAAAAGUAGUAGAAUUUCCCAAGUUGACUUCUGAUUUGUGUUGACAUAGAAUACUGUUGAUAAGUUAAUGAUUUAUGCUGUUGGUAAAUAUGUUGUAUUUUUUCUUGUUAUAAAAAAGCAAUCAAAGGUAUGUAUUACUGCAUAGGCCAUGGACUUCAAUGGUUUUGUAUAUUUUCUUGGAAAUAGUAAAAGAUUUGAAAUGUG